GAUGAGAAGGCUGGGACUGAGAAAGAGGGGCUGAGUGGGAGGAGAACACUGGGGCUGAGAAAGAGGGGAUGUGAAAGAGGGGAUGAGAAGGCUGGGACUGAGAAAGAAGGGCUGAGUGGGAGCAGAAUUCUAGUGAGAGGAGGGGUUUAUUGGAAGGAGAAGAUAGGAGGUAAAGUGAAUGGGAGCAGAAUAGGGGGCUGAGUGGAGCAGUGGACUCGCCUACUAGCUGCACAUAUGAAAUGUGUUCCAGUGUUCUCAUGCUGACAAAAUAUUUAAUCUUUUUUUAAUGAGUAUGACUGCAGGGGAGAUACCAAAGGUAAAAGAGACUAUAAGACUGAAGAGAAAGGUGGCAGAAAUCAUGAGAGAGAUAGGACUGAUGGGGGACUGACCUACCUAGGGAUUUGGGUUAUAAUCAAGUUUGAUUUAAACAUCUCAGCUCAACACAAUUAUGAACAGGUAUAAAUGAGCUUCUGCUGUGUAGCAUGUUGCAGAGACGAUGUUCUGGAUUUUAUAAGACCCACUUCAGCCUCUUUGGAGCAGUGGGAAACCUGCAUUUUCAAAAUUACAGUAGCUAAACCGAUCUGGAAAACUGUGUAAUGCAGAAAAAAAUCAAAAUCCCCAAGCGGUGUCUGAACUCCUCGGAAGACUUGUGGGAAUUUAAAAAAUAUGACAAUGAGGAGGACUCUGAGCUUCAGCACACUAAGAGACCAGAUGGAAGGAAACCAGUAGAAGGAUCUCAUAAGAGCAUUGAAGCCGUUGUUGCACGUCUGGAGAAACAGAAUGGUGUUAGAAGUAGUCACAACUCAAUCUGUGAUGAAACAUUCCCAGAGCCCUGCCAAACGGUGGUCCACAUGGACAGACUGGAUGAGUCCCUGGUUCCUCGAGUUCUGUACGAGGAGUUACUGAGGAGUUACCAGCAACAGCAGGAGGAAAUGAGGCACAUCCAGAAUGAACUAGAAAGGACUCGGAGACAGCUUGUUCAGCAGGCUAAAAAACUAAAAGAUUAUGGCGUGUUAGUUACAGAAGUAAAAGAACUCAGAGUCCUAAACAGGAGACUCCAGGAUGUGUUACUUCUACGGCUAGGCAGUGGACCCACUGUAGAACUAGAAAGUGAGAAAUCUGAAUAUCAAGAGCCAGAUGUUGAAAUACAUAAAAUUCCAACUGAGGAGGCAAAUACGUCGUCGUAUUACUCUACACCUGCUCCAGUGCUAGACAAAUAUAUUUUAGAGAACGGACAGGUUCACCUGGGCAGUGGGGUCUGGGUAAAUGAGGAGAAGUGGCACCAGCUGCAGGCAACACAGGGAGACUCCAAGUUCACAAAGAACCUAGCCGUCAUGAUUUGGGGCACAGAUGUUCUAAAAAAUCGAAGUGUAACCGGUGUGGCUACAAAGAAGAAAAAGGACGCUAUUCCUAAACCACCUCUGUCCCCUCACAAGCUCAGUGUAGUCAGAGAAUGUAUGUACGACAGAAUAGCUCAAGAAACAAUGGAUGAAAAUGAAAUUGCUCAGAGGCUGUCCAAAAUCAACAAAUACAUCUGUGAAAAAAUCAUGGAUAUUAAUAAGUCGUGUAAAAAUGAAGAGAGGAGAGAGGCGAAGUACAAUCUACAGUAAAUAUUGGCUCUUUGCAUCUUUCCGUCAUGUGGAAAUGUAAGGAUUAGCUGUUUCACACAGACGGGAACCAUAAACAGAAAAUAAGUUAUUUAGUUAGCAAAGCAACGUGAACCCUCAGCUGAUGGUACCUUCUCAGUGGUUGACCCUCAACUCUCUGUGAUUCUGUUGCACAAAUUUGUUGCCAAAUGUGAUGUUUUCGUUCAUGAUGUGGGAAUGACGCACCAAGAGGCCCAGUCAUCAGACAUUUUGUGUAUUGCGCCACUCAUUAAUAUCUGUUUUGUCAAAAAUGUGUCUUUGGGGCUGAUGAUCAAAAACUCACCUGCAUGGAGAAAACUCACAGAAAAUAUUUUGGAUUUUUUUUAGACCUUAUAUUGUAAUGUAGUUGUUUCUCAUUCACAUCCAGAACCCUUAAUAGUGAGAUGAACUGCUCUCAAGCUAAAAUUUGUGUUUCUAAAAUUAUUUGAGGGAUCUCGCAGUACUUACAAGAUGUCUCAGAUCAUCUUUUGAGUGGAGAAUCUUGGGUCAUCUGGUCCAAAAUUAGCAGUGGUGUGGAUAAAGAGGCUACUUUGAUGUCAAUUAAAAGUAUAUUAAUUUAUUAACAUUUUAAUAUGGGAAAAUUGUCAAAUUUGUGUUAUUUAUUGGUGCUCAUUAUUUCUCUGCUUUAUCAACCCUGGUCGUUCCUUGCUGUGAUGCAACUUUUUUUCUUUUUCCUCCUGGCUGGAGUUAACCUUCUGGAAGAAACUGAUCCUGUACUGAAAGAAUCCACGUUCUAUCAUCUAAAUUCUACAAUUGAUCAGUGAUGUUAUUCCAUAUCCUAUUUCUUCAGAUGCUCCCACUGUCGCUCCUGGAAUAUUCUUGUUUGUAUUAUUUUGCUCUCUGUAAAAAUAUGUAAUCUUCCUCUGUC